UUGCCUUUUUAAAUGCCACCUAACGCCGAAUAUCAAUGCUUUCUCAACCUCCCGCACCACUCCCCAUUGCCGUCCCUCCACCACCACUCCUCCUCCGUCCUCCGCCGCGCUUUCUCUCUCUAAAACCCCCCACCGGCGGAACUAACGAGCGCGCCACUCUCUCUCUAUCUCCACAACUCAAUCGACAAACGCAAUCUGAUUAGAUCUAAACCCAUCAAACUUCGCACUCCUUAAUUCUCUCUCGAUCUCCGUUUCUGUACAUAUCAGUCUGAAGCUAAGCUGCAUUGCAUUGUCGCCGGUUAUAAUGGAUCGGAAGAGUUGGCCAUGGAAGAAGAAAUCAUCCGAAAAGGCUGCAGCUGAGAAAAUUCCUACAGCUUCAGCUUCAGUUGAAUCGACUACGGCAGCUACAGUUUCAAAUGCCUCUCAGGGCAAUGAGGAAAACUAUAAGAAACCAAAAUAUGUGCAAAUUUCUGUGGAGUCGUAUUCACAUCUUACGGGGCUGGAGGAUCAAGUAAAAUCAUAUGAAGAACAUGUUAGAAUGUUUGAGGAGGAGGUUAAGGAGUUAAAUGAUAAACUCUCCGCAGCAGAAGAUGAAAUGACUGUUAAGGACAACCUGGUGAAACAACAUGCUAAAGUUGCCGAAGAAGCUGUCUCAGGUUGGGAAAAAGCUGAGUCAGAAGCAGCAACAUUGAAAAAUCAUCUGGAAUCCGUCACCAUAUUAAAACUCACGGCUGAAGAUCGUGCAUCUCAUUUGGAUGGUGCUCUAAAGGAAUGCAUGAGGCAGAUACGGAAUUUAAAGGAAGAGCAUGAACAAAAACUGCACGAGGUGGUUCUUAAUAGAACAAAACAGUUUGACAAGAUGAGACUUGAACUUGAAGCAAAGAUAUCUAACUUGGAGCAAGAGUUACUCAGAUCUGCUGCUGACAACUCUGCACUUUCAAGAUCUCUGCAAGAGCGCUCUAACAUGCUGGUUAAGCUCAGUGAAGAAAAAUCACGAGCUGAAGCAGAGAUAGAACGUCAUAAGAGCAAUAUCGAGUCUUGUGAAAAGGAGAUUAAUUCUCUUAAAUAUGAACUCCAUGUAGUUGCUAAGGAGCUGGAAAUUCGGAAUGAGGAGAAAAACAUGUGUGCACGAUCUGCAGAAGUAGCCAAUAAACAGCAUUUGGAAGGAGUGAAAAAAAUUGCCAAGCUUGAAGCAGAGUGCCAAAGAUUGCGCAGUCUUGUACGAAAGCGAUUGCCUGGUCCUGCAGCACUUGCUCAAAUGAAGCUUGAGGUUGAGAGUUUAGGCCGUGAUUAUGAAGAAACCAGGUCGAGGAAGUCUCCCGGAAAGCCUCCCAACAGCCCACACUAUUCCCCCACUCCUGAUUAUUCAUUUGACAACAUGCAGAAGUUCCAAAAAGAGAAUGAACAUUUAACAGAGCGCCUUUUGGGAAUGGAAGAGGAAACAAAGUUGCUGAAAGAAGCUUUGGCAAAACGUAACAGUGAACUGCAAGCGUCUAGGAGCUCUUGUGCAAAGACUGUAAGCAAACUUCAAAGUUUAGAAGCACUUCUGCAAGCAAAUGGCAAUGAUCACAGGAGUCCUUCAAAGAAUAUGGGAGGAGGUUCCUUUUACCAUAAUGCAAGUAUUAACCUCCCAAGCUUGACCUCCAUGUCUGAGGAUGGCAACGAUGAUACAAUAAGUUGUUCUGGGUCCUGGGCUACAUCAGUUAUGCCAGAGCUCUCCCAUAUCAAGAAGGAUAGUAAUAACUUUGAAAGUCCAUGCAGGUCCGAUAGUGCAAGUCAUUUGGAGCUUAUGGAUGACUUCUUGGAGAUGGAGAAAUUAGCUUAUCUUUCAAAUGACACCAAUGGAGGAGUUUCAAGCUCACCAGAUGAUUUGAAAAAUAUAGCUGAAUUCAGAAACAUUAACAUCUCAUCCCCAGAAAAUCAGCCAUUUUCUUGCAUGGAAGUCUCUGAGGGUUCUUCACCUUUCACUACACUGCAGUCAAAAAUUUCCAAGGUAUUUGAGUCAGUGACUAAAGAAGCUGACACGAAAAAGGUCUUGGACGAUCUUAGAUGUGUUCUGCAAGAAAUGUCUGAGACAUUGGAUCAUCAUCAUCCAACUACAUAUGGUUUUGAGACUUUGCAGUCUCCCGAUCCUUCAACUAAAUCUGAGCCUUGUGUUGAGGUUCAUGCUGUAUCUGCAGAAAAUAGUGUUUCAGUUUCUCAUCAUGAUAGAAGUGGGAGCUCUGAUGAUGUGCAAAAUAUCAGCCAAGAAUUGGCAGAUGCUAUCUAUCAGAUUCAUGAGUUUUUAAUGUUCAUCGGCACAGAAACAAAGGCUUUGCAGAGCAGCAUAUCUACCUCUGGGAAUGGACUCUCUGAAGAAUUGGAUGGCUUCUCUGCAACAUAUAAGGAUGUUUUAAACAGCAGAGUAAGCCUUGUAAAAUUCGUUUUUGACUUGUCGGUUGUGCUGAGCAAAGCGAGCGAACUGCAGUUCACCAUUUUGGGCUAUAAAAAUUCUGAAACA